AUUAGCUUUUUUGGCAAGGGAUCUUGCUGAAUUGAACACAAAAAGGAAAUGAAUUUCAGAAUAAGUUCCAGAAAUUAAAAGCUAGUCAGAAAAACUAACUAGAUAUUACCUAGUAGACCUUUUCCUUUGAAUCUUAUAUUAACAUAAAAGCACAUGCAAUUUUCAAUGCUACCAAAAGCCUGCUGCCUCCACGGCCCUCAUGCAUAUAGAGCCUCUUUUCAGUUAUACUUACUGCAUAGUAUUCAAGUUUCUCAUCCCUACCAUGUCCUACGUCACUGCCCUAUUAAACCUGCUAAUGAAGAAGAUUUCCAAUCAGUUUCUCUUCAAGUAUUUCUUCUUUACAUAACAAACAGAUACUGACAGUACUGCAUUUUUAGCCAUGGCAAGUACCACUAAACAGCAAACCCAGCGGGAGAUAUUCUCACCUGAGAUCGUGAAACAGGGCGUGGAAGGCUCGGGUCCUUACGCUGGGUCUUUAAGUUUUUCAGUCAAGGUUCGCCAAGGAAUACCAGAUUUUCUCAGUUCUGUUAACUUAAAGUAUGUUAAGCUUGGGUAUACUUAUUGUAUCACUCAUGGUCUCUAUUUUCUUACGGUUCCAGUACUUAUAUUCAUCUCUGCAGUAGUGCUAAGGAACUUGACAGGGAAAGAAUACUGGUCUAGAGAUAAUAUUGUUACAAACACUGCAUCUACCAUUAGUUUACUGGCUGUAAUUUUGUAUGCUUACGUUCGUUUGAUCCCUCGUUCUACUUACCUUGUUGACUACGCCUGUUAUCUCCCUCCUAUUGAGCUCAAGAUUUCAAAGGAAGAAUUCAUCAAGCUAGCAAGAAGAUCAGGAAACUUUGACGAUGAUGGAAUCCAAUUUCAAGACAGGGUUCUCAAGCAUUCAGGGAUUGGUGAUGAAAGCUACUUACCAAGAUCAGUUUUCGAACCUGGGAAGACUCUAACCCUCAACGACGGCAGAGAAGAAGCAGCAGAGGUUAUAUUCGGUGUCAUCGAAAAUUUAAUAUUUAACACUGGAAUGCGAGUUAAAGACAUAAAGAUUCUGAUACUUAACUGUGGGAGUCUGAAUACGACACCAUCACUAUCUGCAAUGGUGAUCAACCAUUACAAGUUAGGCCAUGAUAUUGUUAGUUUUAAUCUCGGUGGAAUGGGUUGUGCAGCAGGUGUCAUCGCUGUUGACUUGGCGAAAGACUUGCUUAAUGCACACCCUGGUUCUUAUGCACUUGUUGUGAGUACUGAGAUAGUGAGCUCCGCUUGGUAUAACGGAAAAGACACGGAAAUGCUUCUUCCCAACUGUUUCUUUCGAAUGGGUGCCGCAGCUUUGUUACUCACAAAUCAUCACUUCGGUAAUUGGCGUGCCAAAUACCAGCUCAAGCAGCUUGUCCGUACCCACAAAGGGACAGAUGACAAAAGCUUCAAGUGUAUACACACUAAGGAUGACAGUGAAAAGAAGCAAGGUCUCGUGGUUAACAGCAAACACUUGCUUGAAGUAGGUGGGGAAGCACUUAAGGCCAAUAUUACAACCCUAGGACCGCUUGUGCUUCCCUUCUCAGAACAACUCCGAUUCAUUAUGACCCUACUAAAUAAGAAAACAAAGCUCUACAUUCCAAACUUUAAGCUCGCAUUUGAGCAUGUCUGUGUACUGGCUACGAGUAAGAAAGUCCUACACGAGGUACAAAAGAAUUUAGAGCUGACAGAGGAGUACAUGGAGGCAUCUAAGAAAACCCUGGAGAGGUUUGGAAACACAUCCAGUAGCAGUAUCUGGUACGAAUUAGCAUACUUGGAGGCAAAGUCGAGGAUCAAGAGAGGGGAUCGAAUUUGUCAGAUUGCAUUUGGAUCUGGGUUCAAGUGUAACAGUAUCGUGUGGAAGGCACUUAAGACUAAUACUACUGCAGCUGGAAAUAGACGAAGAAAAAACCCAUGGAUUGUGGAAGAUGAAUGAUGCGGCUCUACCUACUGAACAACAACCAUCACAUCUAGAAAAGACGAAGAGGUUUAUUAGCACGUGAAAAAUACAGGUAAUAUCAAACACUAAGACAUAUGCCACUACUAAGAUAGUACUAGGACUUUCAUCCUUUUCUAUCAAGUUGGAUUAAGCUUGUACUAUGUAAUGUUAAAAUGUGAGUUCAGUUCAAUAAUGUUUCGUGAAUUUA